AUGGAGGUGAAGCGUCGUGCAGUCAAGCUGUCGGUCCAUCCGUCCAGAGGUCUGGUGGACGAGAAGUUUGUCAUCGUGGUCCAGAAUGCGCCUCCUGGUCUCCAGCUCACCGUCCACGCCUUCCACCGCUGCGAGGGCGGACACGGCUGGGAGGCGUUCGCUCACUACGUGUCCGAUGCCGGCGGAUCUGUUAAUGUCUCCCAGGAUGCCAGCAUGGGGGGGACGUACUCCGGGGUGGAACAGAUGGGUCUCCUGUGGAGCCUCAGACCAGUUCCAGGCAGCAAACCUGGACUCAGGAUGAGGAAGAUGAACGUACAGACCCCCAUGGAGUUCACCAUCUCAGUGCAUCUGGGUUACCGAACUGAGGGCUUCAUGGACCAGGUGGCACUGGCCUCUCAGGUGGUUGAACGCUGGUACAUGGCGCCUGGCGUCCGUAGGAUCCCCGUCACAGAGGACGGACUUUCCGCGACCCUCUUCCUGCCCUCAGGACCCGGACCUUUCCCCGCUAUCCUUGACCUCUGGGGGGGUGGAGGCCAACUAGUGGAGUAUCGAGCCGCGCUGCUCGCCUCCCACGGUUUCACCUCACUGACUCUUGACUACCUGACCCCUAAAAUCAGCCAGGAGACGGACAAGAUGGUGGGCGAGUCGUACUUUGAGAAGGCCUUCAGGUUCCUGCAGCAGCACCCGCAGGUGCUCGCCGACCGCAUCGCCAUGUUGGGCCUCUCCUUAGGCUGCAGCAUCACGCUCAGGAUGGCAGCUUAUUCACACGUUGUAAAGCCCACGUGUGCAGUGUGCAUCAAUGGAAGUCACGUGCAGGAGGUCAACAAAAAACAGGAGGAAAUAAUAGCUUUCUUUCGUCAGCAGUCAGAUAAGAUUCAAGUAAAUGAGAAGAACGAGACCAUCACAAAAACUAUGUUGGUGCCCAUCACCAGCGACCCCACCCUCAAAGUGGACGUGGGACGUGUGCAGUGUCCUCUGUUGCUAGUGGUGGGCGAGGAUGAUCACAAUUGGCCCGCCUCCGAGUCUGCUAUAGACAUGAAGGAGAUGAUGGAGCAGGCGGGGAACAGCCACCUGCUGACCAUCCUGUCUUACCCUGACGCUGGUCACCUGAUUGAGCCUCCGUACUCACCACACAGCAAAGCGAGCUUCUUCCUCUCUGUCGCCAGCCUGCGGAAGGUCACAGCUCUGUGGGGAGGACAAUGCGUGGCCCAUGCGUAUGCUCAGGAAGACUCCUGGAAGAAGAUGCUGGCCUUCUUGCACCACCAUCUGUACGUCGCCUGCUAG